AUGGGUAACGCAUCAUCUCAGCCAGAGGGCGCUGCAAAUGGCGUCGAAAAUUCUCAAACUUCAGUCCCUGAAACCCCAACUACCACCAAAACGCAAGGAAAGAAAUCCCCAGAUCUUCCCAACGCCGCCUCCCCGUCGCAGGCAAUUCCGGAACUCAAUGGCCCCGUGACAGUCUCCGGCGCGUCAAAACCCGCGAAGCGCAAGCGCGAGUCCGAGCCGCAGCGCCAAAAGAAGUCCAAGAAGAAGCCGAAAUCCGACAAACAUGUCGAGGAAGAAACGGAUGAAGCAAAUGUCGACACUCCUGUCGCCGCUGAAACUCCUAUCGCAAAGCCGACAGAGGUUGCUCCGACUCCAAGCCAGCCUUCACCGUCAAAGUCUCCGCGCCCCGAAGCGGUGCAGGCCCGCAAGCAGAAGAAGCACGCGAAAACACCCACAACUCCUUCUGUCAAGUCGACACCUAAAACUCCGAGGGCUGGCCCCAAUUCGGUCCCGGCCACACCCAUCCCCGAGGGCAGUCUUACGCCCGGCGGCAGGCCCAAGAGCAUUCGAGGCUCGCGGACAAGAGCAAAGGACUCCUUGAAAAUCGGAUUCUACACACCGCAAGAGGUAGAGAAGAUUGAGAACUUCAAAAUUAACUUCUGUACUAUGCACGGCAUCUCCGGAUCUGUCUUUGACGAAAUGAUCCAACACUCGGAUCGAGGCAGUGGAGACUUCCCUGUCUCUGAGAAUGUAGUCAAGAAGGCUGAUUUCUGGAACGACAUCUAUGGCCUGGUUCCCGACCGUGACCGCAGAUCCGUUUACCGCUUUAUGCGCCGGCAUUUCCAGGCCUCGACGCAGAAGGCACACGAUUGGUCAGAGGAGCAGGACGAUGAACUGAUUGAUCUUUACACCAAGCACGGUCCCAAGUGGACUUUCAUUGGCAGAUUACUUGGCCGAAGUGACGACGAUGUCACCCAGCGUUGGAAGAACAAACUCGAGCACAAGGGCACCAUGAACCAAGGUGCCUGGGAUGAAGAAGAGUUCAAUGUUUUCUUAGAGGCCAUGGAAGCUUGCUGGGCCAGCAUGAAACCUCUCCUUGGAGGGAAAGCAGGAAAAGACCUGUACGAUCUUGACGAGCAAACUAUCAUCUGGGGAAAUAUCAGUAAGGCAAUGGGCCACAAGCGAUCUCGACAGCAGUGCGCCGACAAGUGGCGAAAGAUUGUCAAGCACGUCAAGAAUUUGCGAGCCAAUGGUAUGCCGGAUGCCGUGUUUGAUUACGCCUCGUCUUCCAAGAAAGCCGCCGCUUGGAAAGCGAGGUCUAGUGCCAUCAAGAGUGCCGAGUUCGUUGAAGAUGAGUCCAACGACGAAGGUGAUGACGAAGUGAAUGAAGACCCAAAAUCAAACGGCGGACCUGAGAUUGCCAACUCUCAGCCUGAACCUGAACCACAACCCGAACCACGCCUUGAACCAGAGGCCGAUAACUUGCCAGAGCCACAGGCCACUCCAAAGGAGCCCAAGAAGUCCAAGUCUAAAAAGUCCAACAAGCGCAAGAGCUCCGAUGCAGCUGCCACCGAGCUUCCUCCUCCUCAGCUCGAAAACGGGGCGCAAUCCGAUGAUGACGAGCCCGAGCUGCCACCGCCAUCCAAGCAAACCAAGGCAGAGCGCAAACGGGAGCAGAAGGCACUGCGAGAGAAGGAGCAGCAGGCCAGGAUUAUCGCCGAGGCCGUGGUCGAGGCUCGGCCAAGAGAAGCCUCCCCCGAAGAACCAAAGCGGCCGAAGAAGGCCAAAAAGCAGAGGCCGCAGGAGGACAUCUUCGAUGCGCCCUCACAAAGUCCCGAGCCGCCGCGAAAGCGGGCCAGAAAGGCUCUGAAAAAGGCUGAAAUCGCCAACGAGCCCCGUGGCGAAAGCCCUCAGCCAAUUGAAGAGCCUCCGCGCUCUGAGUCACCUCCCUCUCAAUCUCCACCGAAUAAAGUACUCGCGGCCGAAGCGAGCGACGAUGACAAGUCAUCAGAGAGUGAGGGAGAUAGUGACAUGGACAUAAAACACGAGUACGACUCUGAGGAACUCUGA